AUGCGGCCAUCUGGAAGUAAUGGCGUCGGCGGCAGCGGUAGCGAGGAUGUCCUGCCAUUUGAACGAAAUGCUGGGCUCAUCAUGGCCACCAAUAACGCAACCACAGCCUUCAAAGCCAGCACCGAGCGCCUGUACCUACCGAAGCCGCAUUUCCACAAGUUCUUCGCAAAAAAGGUCAAACGUGCUUCCCCGGCGGUCCAUCGCGGCUACUGGCUUCGCAUGCGCGCCAUCAAAUGGGUGAUUCAGCAAUUCCUCGAGAGACCCUCGGACCAGAAGAAAGUCAUCAUCAACUUCGGCGCUGGAUAUGACCCUUUGCCAUUCCGAUGGUUGUCCCAAGAGGCCGGGCUUUGUUCCGGCGCCAAAUUCGUCGACGUCGACUACGACCUAGUGAUGGAGACCAAGAGGGACAUCAUCAUGAGCACGCCCGAGCUGAGAGACCUGCUGCAUUUCUCUGGCUCAUCUUGCGGCGGCAGCGACCCUGCCUUGCUGGUCGACAGCGAAGAAUAUGCGGCAAUCGGCUGCGAUAUGCGCAACCUCCAGAGAUUGGAACGACUACUCAAGAAGUCCGUGGUCAGUCUGGAUGAGUGCUCUGUCCUUUGCAUCGCCGAGGAUUCCAUCUCCUUCAUGCCCGUGAGCUCUGCCGACACCCUCAUCUCUUGGUGUUCGAGACUAUCGAAGGAUGUCGCCUUCUGCCUCCUCGAGCCUUGUAGCCCUGAUCAGCCUGACAAUCCUUUCACGAGGAGGAUGACCGAUCACUAUACUGGCCUCGGCACGCCCUUGAAAUCCAUCUUCCAGUAUCCAGAUGACCGCUCCCAAAUCCAGCGCUUCAGCAACGCAGGGUUCGCCCAGAUUGAUUACCAGUCGUUAUGGGAGCUCUGGGCCGAUCCUCGCUUUCUCUCUCCGUCACAACGCAUGGAGCUGGACCACGUUGAGCCUUUCGAUGAGUGGGAAGAAUUUGCUCUUUGGGCGAGCCACUAUUGCCUGGUCAUUGCACAAAAUGGCGUUCAUCCCGUCCUUCCAGGAAAACUCAUGAAGUCUCGCGCCGACUCAGUUUCUAGCGAAGCUUCUGAUAUCUCGGCGAGGACUUCCUCGCCCUGCAAUCCCGACUCUGAGCAUUUCGCUUACCGCUACUACGACGACCCGGGCGAACUUUGCCAGCGUCAUCACGGAUCAGCAUAUCCCAUACCCGACCAAGACGCUGUUGCAAUCUUUGGCGGUGCCGGAUCAAAGUCGUGCCUUUCGACGAGUGCCGUUUGCCGACCACGCCAUCUGAACGAGGAGACACCCAUCGUUUUGCCUCCUGAAGUCGGUGCUCGAUGCUGUCAUGUCAUAACCGCACUGAACAAUGGAGACAACAUUCUGGUCGGUGGCCGACUGUCGCCAACUCAACCUCUAAAGGACUGUUGGUUACAGAAAGGGAAUAUUUGGUAUCGCAUCCACGACCUGCCCGAAGGACGGUAUCGACAUCGGAUAGCCCCAGUGACCUUGCCUGACAAUGUUUUUGGUGCCAUUUGCUUUGGCGGCAAGGUAAGCCCAACCAAAGUGGCCACCGAAGUGCUGCUGUGGGAGCCAAACAAAGGCUGGCGUGAGCUGCGCAUUUUCGGUAAGGACCCCAAACCUAGGUUCGGACCAAACUUUGUGUGUCUCGGUUUCAACCAUGGCUUGUUGUUUGGUGGCAUGCGGCAAGACGGCGUCAUAUGCCAGGGCUUCUGGCGGUGGCGACUGGUGAUACGCGAUAAUGCCGUGCAAGCACUAAGGUUUCGCCCUUCCCACGGAUUGGAUACCAGCAUUGGGUCAUACCAAUACUUUGCUCGCUUCGGUGCUUCAUAUGGCUUUGUACAAGACUACCUCCUGAUUAUCGGCGGCAUAGCCAGAUUGGGAUGCAUACAAAAAACGUACGAGAUCUUGUCUCUGACUGGGACAUUUUCGACUUGGCAUGACGAGAGCAAAGAGCCAAGCUUCCGCGUCGGAGCCGUGGAGGCAAUGUGCUCACAAGACUGUCCGCGGCCGUUCCUCAUCGGCCAUUCCACACUUCGAACGCGGACAGGCAUGUAUGUUAUCCUGGGUGGGGGUGCCGACUGCUUCAACUACGGCGAGUACUUCAACAAAGGUAUCUGGGUUCUGUAUGAAAAAGAAGCUGGCCUUGCCGCUGACUGGGUCACCGUGCCCAGCAAGGCUUCCAAAUAUCCUCCAGCGAAUUCGGACUCGAGCUUAACUGCGGUUGACAGGCGGCCCGAGGGAGUUCUGAUUGCUCCGGCCCCGUUGACCGAUCCUGAAGACUUCCACGCCGCAGUGCGUGUCUCGCGACCUCUGCUCAUGAGCGGGCUUCCUCUGGGGUCGUGUCGGUUGCAUUCAGUCGAUUUUCUCAAAACAACACUUCUCCAGAACACCAUGAGCGAGGAGAUGAGCACUCUCCUGAAAGGUUCGACACAUGUGAAUCUGUCGCUGAGCCAAAUCUUGGAGGCGCUUGGUAUGUCGUCAACGACCUUUGGCAUUCGCAGUCUAGCUGCCAGACCGGAAGACAGCAGUCCAACAUCCCCCCAGAAAACCCACCCUGACAUCGGUGAUCAGUUUGAGAUUCCUGCUCAGCUACGCAGCGUCGGGCCUCUUAUGCACUCGCUCCAGUUGGUGAUAUCAAAGAAGAUCUCCACCAAGCUCCAAUACAGUGCCAUGGCAAGCAUCGUGUUCCAACUCCAUGGCACCCGGAAAUUACUCCUGUUCCCACCCUGCGACCAAAGCAAGCUCGAGUUCCCACCUGGGGCAACUACGAGCCAUCUUGAUAUCUUCUGUGACAAGACACCAUUGCAGGAGCACAUCUUCUACGCACCGUCUGGGACUAGUCCCCACAUCGUCAUACAGAAGCCCGGGGACGCCCUUUUCAUUCCACCUUUCUGGUCUGUGGCCAGUGUGAUAUACAUCGAUGGCAUCAACGACAAAGACCGGCGUUGCAAUGGCGCCUUCUCGUCUAGUACCUCGAGCGAGAAGCUAUCCAGUGCCAGCAGCAACGGCUCAAUUUCGGGAAGUGAAUCUGUGUCCGAUUUCAAAGAAAAACGACGCAGUCAGAGUGACUGGGUCGACGCGACAGUCAAUCUCUCUUUCCGUAAUCUAAAGCGCCAUCUGAUUGCUGCCAGUCCCCGCCACGAAUCAUCGCCUGAGCUGGCAGCCUAUGAGGAGGGACGAAGGGACCUCGAGAAUGUUGUUAAGAGAUUCACUUCAAAUGUUUGCCAGCCUGCGCCGGCGCUAAAUGGGCAAACUGCUCUUAAAAAAUCCGCUGCGAGCUCAAAUCUUAUGCUUGCGAACAUUCCGAAGGACGUCGCGAGAGCUUACCUGCAAAGAUUGGGCAAAGAGCUAUUAAUGCAGGCCGACGAGUUGUGA